GCUGAUAACCUUGAUCCGAACGACCAUUACCUCUUUCUGACACAUUCACGUCUACCCACCGUUCCUCGCCAAAUCACAUUACCUGUCACAAUGGAGAGGGUCCAGUUCCAGCAGGAGCAGAUGCUCGCAGAGCUGAAGGAUCUCGUCGAAAAAAAUUUGUUCACUCUCAAAGAGACGAAACUCAUAGUGAAAAAACGCACCGCUUUUGAGACCUCCUUGGUCCGACGAGUCGCUAAAAAGGCAGACUUCCUGCGGUAUGCUGCCUAUGAAAUGGGCCUCGAACAACUGAGAAGAAAACGGGCCGAACGACUCAAUCUGCCCCGUUCACCGGCUACAAUAUCCGACUAUGCUCUCGUCCGACGGCAGUUUCACAUAUUUGAACGCGCUGUCAAACGAUUCAGGUCUGACGUGGGUCUGUGGAUACAGUAUAUCGAGCUCGCCAAACGGGAGGGAGCACGCACGCUCGUCGGGCGCGUAACUGCAAGGGCUUUACAAUUGCAUCCAAAUACCCCUGCGUUAUAUAUCCUUGCAGCGUCCCAUGAACUUUCACAUCUCUCUCCGUCUGCAGCUCGUGCACUACUUCAACGCGGCAUACGGCUAAAUUCCGAUAGCGUUGACAUGUGGCGAGAGUAUGUGAAAAUGGAAUUGGGGUUCAUUGAGAGCUUGCGGAGGCGAUGGGACGUGCUUGGUAUCGAAGAAGAUGACAAAACGGCAGCUGAAAGAGACAGGGCCCUGAUGAUCGACGAGUUUCGAGGUCAGGAUGAUGUUAUUCCAAUCGAGGUCGACGAUGAUGCGGAGAAAGACGAAGGAGAAGAAGCACGAAAAGAGAUCAUGAAGGGAGCAAUUGUUAAAUCUGUUAUCUCUAAUGCAAUUGAAGCAUUACCCAAGAUUGAACUGUUCGAAUCAUUGAACGAUGUGAUAGCGCAGUAUCCGGUUCAACCAAGCUUGCGGGAUUCACUUCUAGCACACCUAGAUGAUCUGUUACGGCAGCGAUUGCAUGGGCACCCACGCAGUAUGAAAUUACUUGCCAGCAGAUUCUUACGAUCCGACAUGGCAGGCUGCGAGCUGGUGGAAGGAAUACGUAAAGCGAAUGAGAUGCUGAUGGGCGCGACUGAUGGCGGGGAAGAAGGGGUGCUCGAAGUAUAUGGUAAUUUUAUUGAACAAUGGUGCAAGGCGGCGAUUGAUGAUAAUUUGAAAUUGUAUCUUAUCGGGUCCCUGGAAAGAGUAAUCAGCGGACACAGGAAAUCUCCAUCGCUCUUAUCGGUUCAUAUUAGAGUUUUAGGCCACGGCGCCGGGGGAUCCAGAGUUGUUGAAAAGGCCCGAAAGUACACAUCCCGGUGUCCACUCGCGGCUAGCGUGUGGCUAGAACGGCUAGCAGUUGAGAAGCAGUACAGAAGCCAGGAAACAGUCGAAAAAGCGUGGGAGGAAGCACGACGAUCAGUGGCAGGAUCGGAAGACGAAAUUGCGUCGGUGUGGCAGUGGGGACUUGAGAACUGUGGUGCGAUCAGUAUGGAGCACCUGGCCAAGCUUCACGAGGGCCUGGCUAAGGAGAGCAUGGGCAUGGGCUUACUUGCCGUGCACGAGAUGAUACUGAUGAGGUAUGUGACGGUACUGUAUAAGGACCGAACAGUGCCGAAAAGCGGGCAGAGUUCGGAUCAGCAGACGAAACGUUCGGAGUGGGACAGAGUACGCCAUAUGGACGAUGCUUAUCUCACGACAGGCAGAAUAUGGGGAGAAGUAUUUAGGCUCGAGGCGAAAGCUGGGAAAGAAGAGAUGCUGGAAGAAGUGUACCAAGUCUGGCGAAGAAAAGAUGGAGAAACAGCGACCGUGGAAUGGGCUAAAUGGCUGUUGCAGCACGGUAAAGGGAAAAAGGCCGGCGGGAUAAUGCUGCAGGGGGGAUAUAGAGAGAAAUGGGAAGAAAUACUAAGAGACAGUAGAGUAUAGAUUCAGUACCUCGCGAGCAGCACCUGUUUGUAUUGAAUCUACCCUUGGCACCGUACGAUCGUUGAGUAACAUAUG